AUGGAUGAAACCAAGGUCAAAGAAGUAUAUGCUCGCCUUAAAAUAAAGAUGAAAAACGCAUAUUUCAUGGAGCAGAAUACCGCCAACCUCGAAAGCUUUAGAGUAGGGGCUUCAGCGUAUCUUGAUGGUCCAGGCCAGUAUGAAAACCUCUCCUUCUUUCAGAUAUGUACGAACUUAGAGGGAAAGGGAAUCAUUGGUUUGGAUAAUCUAAACGUAUUGGAAAAGCUAGUAGAAAAUACACCUGGAGGAGCUCAGCAACUUCUUAAAAUGAUCAACGAUGCGAAAAAACAAAUUCAAGGAUACAUGUCAGCGGAAGUUUUACCAGAGCCUGCAGGCAACUUUCAUAGGACGGAUGAUACGGCUGUUUCGCAUUCGCUGCUCCAGAAUAUAGGCAAAUCUAAUCUGCACAAGUCGGUUGGACUUAUAAGCAUCAGAUUGGAUCGCACCAGUUCUGGGACAGGGUUUCGUGUUGGGAAAAACUUCGUCAUGACUGCUUAUCAUGUAUUUAAAUCCACUAUCGAAAGUGACUGGGAAACAGUAAUAAAUGAAGCUGAACGAAGCGACAACAAGGAAGAAAUAUAUGAGGAGAUCCGCAGACUGUUUGGGGUUUCACCGCCUGAUGGUAUCAAACCUUGUCAUCAGCGUCUCCCAUUCGGGGAACUGUUUGCUUAUCUACAGAAAAAAGGUCGGAAAGUUGAAGACUUUGAAAAAUCAUGGAAAAGGAAUGUCAGUAUAGCAUUUGGAGUGAGAGAUGGUGAAACAACUGCCGGAACAUUUCACUUCGAAUACGACAUACCUUUUGCUGACAAGGAGCAUGAUGUUUUGGUUCUACAAAUCAGCGAAAAUGUUAAAACUCUUCCUCCUUCGUUGCCCCUUGAAGAACGCUCUGUUAAAAGUACUGUAAAUCUUUCUGGUUAUCCAAAAGGUCCAACGAAGGUUGAUUUGCGCACUGAUAUAGAUUGUAGAGUUUACAAAAACAACCAAAAUCUUCAAGCAGAUGUCAAUGAAGCCAUAGAAUGGUGGAAAAACCAAAGAAAUCAAGAUGUUACAGAUCAAUACGCUGAUGUUCAGUAUAACAACGACAAUGGAAAGGUCUUCCUGCACACUUCGGUGCAGUUUGAGGAUGGGUCAUCAGGGAGUCCAGCUAUAGCGAUGGUUAACGACCAACUCGUUGUGCAGCUGAUGUACCUUCGAGGCUAUCCCGAUUUCUGCUAUAGAGAAAAGAACUUUCCACCGUUGAAGUACUUGUUUGAGGCAGGAGUGUCCAUGCCUGCUGUAAUAACGCUCCUGCAGAGGUCGGGACUCCAAAUCUUGGAAUAAGAAUAUAGACUAGAACGAGAGGCAUUAAGGCAUACUAAAAUUCACUGUGGCAGUGUCACAACAUAACUAACAUAUAACGACUCAUCAUAACAACGUGAUUAUUGUGUGAAUGGAAACGUGGCUUAACGUCAUAAUUACUGUUCAACCAGACGGAAUACGCUGUUGAUGAUGAAUGCUUAAUUUAAAUUUAAUGCUGAUUUCAUCGGCGUUAAUGUGUAUGACUACUUAUUAUGGCAUGUAUGGACGUUAAAAUAAUUUCUUGAAAAAGUCUUUUAUAUCGACCAUAAAUGCCGUUUCAUGGCAGUCCGAUGCUUAAAUGUUUUCAUCUGUACCUUAUUGGAUAUUGUUUCAAUUGUUUAAAGGGUGGUUUAGAAUAUAUGAUAUGUUUAUCGGACAAUGCCUUUUCAAUUUUUGCUCAUUUUGCGUAAAUCAUUAACUCCGUGUGAUUUAGAAUUUUGUUUUACUUUCCCAUUUAUCCUAUUGAAACAUCAAAUACAGAAUUACAGUAUUGAUUUGUUGAAAUGUCUUAAAAUGCAUGGAAAACCGCAUGUCAAAAUUAAAAAAUGCAUGUGAGAAAAAAAAGGAAAAUGACCAAACAUGCAACAUUAUUGCCUUACUAAAUUAAAACGUGUUUUAUGGUGGAA